AUGGGUCCCUUAUCCUCUCCCUUUGGGCAAGCCCUCAGUGGUGGUGGUGGUGGUGGUGGUGGUGGUGACAAAAUGAGAUUCAAGGAGAAAGAAAGAAAGAAAGAUGAUUUUAAAUCUGAUGCUGUUUUGACUAGGCAAUGCCAAGCUGUGUUCGAUGAACAGAAUACAGGCUGGUGCACGGAGAAGAGCCGACUGCACUGCGCUGAGCAACCCCAAAGGGGCUGGAACCUGCUGAGAAAGGCAGCCCAGGUGGGCAGAAGGGAGCUCAGUAUAGCUCCCCUUGGCUCUCAGCAGGGUGACAGCAUCCUCCCUAUCCAGGGCCCCUGGGUUCGGGGCUGGAAGCGACUCUUGUCAGGUGUGGGGACCACCAUAACAGGCCUGGACCAGCUGUGGAGACAGCAGGAUCCCCAGUGCCCCCAUCCAGGGUCCCUGGAGCCAGCCCUGCAGACAGUAGAGAAGUCCCUGACUGAAUGGCCAGUGCCGAAGUUCAUUGCCCUCUUCUUGCCUGAGUUUCCCAUCCAGCCCCCUCAGGGGCAGCAGCAGCUCAAGGUUCUAGGUUUUGUAGCCAAAGGCUCCUUUGGAACUGUCCUCAAGGUGCUAGAUUGUGACCUGGGAGCCUUGUUGGCUGUGAAGGUGGUCCCCAAGGUAGAAGUCCUUCAGCAAGACAGCUUGAGGCAGUGCAAGGAGGAGGUCAGCAUUCAGCGCCAGAUCCGCCACCCAUUUGUGAGUGGCUUGGGAGGCAGCUGGCAGGGACAGCGGCACCUUUUCACUAUGUACAACUACUACAGCACAGACCUAUACUCUCUCUGGGCCACUGUUGGCUGCUUUUCUGAGCCUUCCGUCCGCCUCUUUGCUGCUGAGCUGGCCCUAGGCAUAGGCUACCUACAUGACCUGGGCAUUGUGCAUCGAGAUCUCAAGAUGGAGAACAUUUUACUAGACGAAAGAGGCCACCUAAAGCUCACAGACUUUGGCCUAUCACGACACCUACCCCAAGGAGGGCGAGCUUAUACUAUCUGCGGGACUCUCCAGUACAUGGCCCCAGAAGUCCUGCGAGGUGGGCCCUACAACCACGUGGCUGACUGGUGGUCCCUGGGCGUCUUGCUUUUUGCCCUGGCAGCUGGAAAGUUCCCAUUGCAGGCUGAAAAAGAUCAUGUGGCCAUGUUGAGGAGUGUGACUCAUUGUGCCUAUGAGGUCCCUGCCUCUCUUAGCCAGGGGCUCUCUCUUCUGCUCCAGGAGCUCCUGUGCCACAACCCGCUCCAUCGCCUCCGCUACCUGUAUCACUUCCAGGCCCAUCCCUUCUUUCGGGGCAUGGCCUUUGACCCAGAGCUCCUGCAGAAGCAGCCAGUAUCCUUUGUCCUGGAGGCAAGAGCCGCCCUUCCUGCCCCAGAUGAGACUGUGCCAUUCCAGGAUUUUGACUGUGAUUUGGUAUCUCUCUCAGCCCAUCCCUGUCCUGCCUGAGCCUCCCCACUUCACCCCCCAGCUGGACUAUAGCUGGGAAUCUCAGGAUCCUUCUCCACUACCAACUCAGGAAAACCUCCCCAAAACACCAAACUGUCUGUGGCCCACACACUUGUCCCUUGUUCUUUGAAGCAAGAUUUCCUCCCCUUUCGUAACUUGAUCAUUUUGUAAAUGAAACUGAUCCCACGGGGCCCAGGCCCUUUAGAGUGGUUUUGUCUCCCGUGAGGGAGAGGCCAAAGUCCCUUUCCUGGGCAGCCUGCCACGAGCAUCUCUGCCCACUGCUACCUCUUCCCUCCCCUGUCCCUCAUUCAGUAGGUCUGAGCAAGGCCUCCUCCCUUUUUCCUGGCUCUUAGCCAGGCCUCUCCAGCCACUUCUCCCUUCCUGAUUCCUAUGCCAUAUUUCCUUUCUCCAGCAAUACUGGGCUUCUCUACAGAUAUGAUUAGCCAGCCCAUCCUCUGGAAGCAAUAAGAAUUGUUUUUUGUAAGGAUACACACCACCUUUGCCCCAACAAUUUCCAUUUUAAAUUGCAACCUAAGGAUUCAAGACCUGAUUGUGCAAUAUGUUGUUAAAUAAAGAAAGUAACAUUGA